AUGGUGGCUGAUCAGUCGGCGGAGGGGAUGGCUGACGUUGCGGCUUUGACAGAUAGGUGGGCGGAUUGGGCUCUGCAAGAGGAGGAGGGCGCUGUGUUUAUGCCGGAGGGUGGUGCUGCCGAGGUAAACGGUGGUGGGGAGGGGGAAGAGGAGACGUGGAGGGUGGUGGGGCGAUUUUUAACACAAAAGUUGGUGAAACUGGACUUCAUGAGACAGGUUUUAGAUUCGGUGUGGCAACCGUAUGUCUUGAAUGGGGGUCCUUGGGCGUUUGAGAACAAUACUCUUGUUUGUCGAGAGGUUAUGGACCGGGUGAACCCAGUGGAUGUGAAGCUGGAUAUGAUUGACAUGUGGGUACAGCUGCAUGACAUGCCAAAAGGGUAUACAUCUCAGGCAAUUUUGGAGCAGGCAGGGAAUUUUUUGGGUUCUUUUGUUAAGCAUGAUGACCGGUUUGAAGGGGCGUCAUGGUUAACCUUUCAUCGUAUUUGGGUAUCAAUUCCGGUUGAUAGGCCGCUAAGGAGAAGGAUGAAGUUGAUGAAGAGGGAUAAGACGACAACAUGGGUUAACUUUAGGUAUGAACGACUGCACAAGUUUUGUUACUUCUGUGGAUAUAUGGGUCACUUGCACACUUUUUGUCUACAAGCUAGGGAAGCGGGAAUCCCAUUGGAAAGGUACCCGUAUGGGCCGGAUAUGCGGGCGGGUGGAUCUCGGAGCGCUCCUAGAGCGGUUGGGGAUAGCUGGCUCAUGCCGGUAGGCGGGAAGCCACAAGUGUAA